ACCAAUCGGCACGUCCGGUAGACUCGGCGCCUCGGCGAAUGAAACGUCAGCCUCGCAUCGCUGAAAAUCCGUUAUAAACGGCAUCGCUCGACGCAAUCCGCCAAGUAAACACUCGCCGUAGUGUCGUCGCGCGGAGAGGAUGUUUACCCGAGUACCAACGUUCGCGUAACCGACGAGUCGAUCGCGCAUUUGCGGAAGCGAGACGGGACGUUAACCAAGUGUACGGAGACGAUAAUACCCGCUCGCGUCUUCCCGUCCCUUUACGUUGUCGGUCAAUCUCCUCGUCGCUCGAGCGCGAGAGAUGACAGCGGGACGUCCGAGAGACACGAGGGAUCGCUCAAUCGAGAGAUUGAUUCGCGGCCCCAGAUAAUAAUCGCGUCGUCGCUCUUCGCGGAAUCGCCAUCGGGCACCCCGCGCCGCCCAGCAGUCGAAGCGCGCAAUCGAUAACCCCACGGGCGCUUUUUGCGCUGGGCGAAAGAUCGUAAUGGCGAGAGCGUGGCGUCGAGGACGAUAGAGCGUGGCCGGAGUGGGAGACGGUGGUAAAAACAAUGCCGAGUUGCCGAGGAGCAGCGCGUAAGUGAAGAAAUAUCCGAACGAGAGCGCGGUACUUUCGCGUAGCGUACCGAUUCGCGGAGAGGCAGAGCGUAAUCUCCGGUGCAUGUAUGUGUACGUGUGUCCGUUUUUGUGUGCGUGCGUGUGCGCGCGCUUCCGGUGCGUCAGUUUUUUACCGCGGUAGCCUGCCGCUCGGCGAUCUCUUCGACAAGAGUGCUCGCCCCGUAACAUAAUUAACCUCACGCACGAUGUUACACUCGGUGGAAUACCUUGUCCGUGCGCGUGUAUACGCAUAUUGCUGACAAAGAAGAUUUAUUUCUUAUAGAUGUGGACAAAAAUAUUAUGCAUAGAUAUCGCUUUUAAUUAAUACAUUACCUUUCGAAUAUGGAUGAUGAAGAAGGAACUUCAAGUUCUGGACCUAUGUCUUCGUUGAAUAGUUUGUUUUCGUUCACCAGUCCCGCUGUGAAAAAAUUGCUUGGCUGGAAACAAGGAGAUGAAGAAGAAAAAUGGGCGGAGAAAGCGGUCGACUCAUUGGUGAAAAAAUUGAAGAAGCGUAAAGGAGCAAUCGAAGAAUUGGAGCGGGCAUUGAGCUGUCCUGGCACACCAAGUAAAUGCGUAACGAUUCCUCGAAGCUUAGAUGGUAGACUACAAGUUUCCCAUCGCAAAGGCUUGCCACAUGUGAUAUAUUGCAGAGUCUGGCGAUGGCCGGAUCUCCAAUCGCAUCAUGAACUAAAACCAUUGGAACUAUGUCAAUAUCCAUUCUCUGCCAAGCAGAAGGAAGUUUGUAUUAAUCCCUAUCACUAUAAAAGAGUGGAGAGCCCAGUGCUGCCGCCGGUAUUGGUUCCUAGACACUCAGAAUAUGCUCCUGGUCAUUCUUUGUUGCCUUUUCAACAAUUGGCCGAUCCAAGCAUGCCGCACAAUGUGUCCUACUCAUCCAGCGGUUUCAACGCUAGCUCCACAGGUGGUGUCAAUCCGACGUCACCCAUGUCCUCUGUCGGUUCUGUGCCAAGCCCAGGGAGCGCAACUUUGCCGAAUCCCCAGAGUCCGUACGGUACUAAUGGGUUACCAGAGACGCCACCGCCAGCAUAUUCUCCGCCAGAAGAUGGCUCGCAGACCGGACAAACUUCGUCGUCAGAUUCGGUUCCAAUGGACACGAGCGCACCCAUCGAAUCAGCUACACCUGUAUGUUAUCAAGAACCACCCUACUGGGCUUCGAUCGCAUACUACGAGUUAAAUUGUCGAGUGGGCGAGGUAUUUCAUUGUCAAACGCACUCAGUAGUUAUUGACGGUUUUACAAAUCCGAGCAAUAACUCUGAUCGUUUUUGUCUUGGACAACUAUCCAAUGUAAAUCGAAAUUCCACAAUAGAAAAUACAAGGCGACACAUAGGCAAAGGAGUGCAUUUGUACUAUGUUGGCGGCGAAGUUUAUGCCGAAUGUCUGUCUGAUUCGGCAAUAUUUGUACAAUCUAGAAAUUGUAAUCACCAUCAUGGAUUUCAUCCUAGUACAGUUUGUAAAAUUCCACCAGGAUGUUCGUUGAAGAUAUUCAAUAAUCAGGAAUUCGCUCAGCUUUUGUCGCAAAGUGUAAAUCAUGGUUUUGAAGCUGUCUAUGAGUUAACAAAGAUGUGUACAAUUAGAAUGUCAUUUGUAAAAGGAUGGGGUGCUGAAUAUCAUAGACAAGAUGUUACAUCAACUCCUUGCUGGAUCGAAGCACAUUUACAUGGACCUUUGCAAUGGUUGGAUAAAGUGUUAACACAAAUGGGUCCGCCCCAUAACGCCAUAAGUUCAGUGUCAUAAAUAAUAUACACAUCCUACAACAAAAUGUUCAUUAUAAGAAAAGGACAUUAGUCUCGAUGCACUUUUAAGAGUUUAAGGAUAUUGACCAUAAUUGCCAUAAUUGUGAGAAUUGUGAAGACCAUGCACAGAGACAUGUUUGACAACAAUUACAGCUGUAAGUUACUUUAUGUUAUACCAAUAUUAAACUUUUAAAAAUAAGAGACGAUGCUGAAAUAAAAAUAUGUUUGAAAGAAAUAUAAAUAAUUACGAGAAAUGUUACAUAAAAAAAUAAGAAUAUUUAACAGUGAUCUCUGGAAGCUAUCGUGAUCGCGUAAUGUAUACAUUUAGAUGCUAUAAAACUCUUUGGCUGUUAUAUAGGAAAAGAAUUAUAGAAGUAUAAUGAUAUAUAUGUGUAAAAAAAAAAGAAAUAUUUUUCAAAUCUAUUCAUCAGUCGUAAUACUUUAUUUUAUAUGGAGACUUAUUGUGUGUGUGAAGGUAUUUGUCAAGUGUUAUGCCACAAAUCUUUUUCUAGGCGAUUUUAAAAUUUAUUGUGAUGAUAAAAGAUAUACAUAUAACAUAAGAUUACAGCUGCUUAACAAAGAAAAUAAAUUCUCCGAAUUAUGGAAAGGGAACGAAAAAAAAAUAGUCUCUGUCGAUCAAUAGUAAUGAUUAUAUCUGUUAUGUGUGUGUCUUAAAAAUAUUUUUACAUCUCUAAGUAGAUCUAUUCAAAUUUUUCGCUAAAACGAUUGAUGAUAUAGCAGUCUUUUAUUGAAACACAAUGCGAUCUGUAUUUCAAUGUAAGACGUUGGACGUUGAUCUCACGUUGACUGUUGGAAGUUAACUGCGUCCAAUGAUAUAUUGAAACGUCGAAUACAUUAAUUUAUAGAAAGAGAUUUAUGAUUCAUGGCCUUGCUCCAUCUCUGUAUAGAUUACAUUGCAUUGUACUCUUCUCGAUUAUCGCAUCAUGUACCAUAUGAUUCAACGCUUUCCAUAUAUUACAAUUUCUAAAAACACAUUACACAUUUAGGUAAGUUUUAUGUGUCAUAAAUAUAUGAAAUUUUAUGUGCUGUACAAAUUCUAUAUGGGAGAAUCGUAUAUACUUGUAUGUGUGUACAAGUGUAUGUUUAAUGAAGAAGUCAUCUGUUAGUAAGUUUAUACAUUACUGGAUGAGAAGUUAUUUUUACAAAAAUUGGAGUUGCUCUUGAUAUUACUUUGUUUGUUACUUUUAUAUGCUGCAAAAGGUGCCAAAAAGAACGGUAUAUAUUCGCAUAAUACAUUUAUAAUUUAUGCACUGUGAUAUUUUGUCAAAGAAAUACAAUUCUUUCUAAUCACGUUCCCAAAGUAAUCACAAAUCAAGUAUUUCGAAAAUACAUCGAUGCCUUUGAAUAUGUUAGCCGUCAGAUAUUAACAGUGCCUACAUAGACAAUACUACCUUUUUUCACUGCCGUUUGCUGUCACUUGUUUGCCGAUAUGUGCCUAGCUGUGAUUCUUUGCUAUUCGAUUUGGCAAAUUUACAAUUCGGUGAUGAUGAACAAAAGAAAGUACGAGAGAGAAUAAAAAUACUUGCCUAAUUACAAUUCCGUGAUAAACAAAAGGAAGUACUAAGAAAUAAGAUAUUUGCCUGAUUAAUGAUUAAGUGAUAAGGAAAGUAUGACAAAAUGUUGUAACUUACAAUUGCAUUAUGUUAAAUAUGUGUGACGUGCGUGUGAUGAGGAAAGAUUAAAUUUCAAGUUGAAUAGAACUACUGUUUGGUACAAACAUUAAUGUUCAACGAAAUGCUGCUUUAUUCCGUAUUGCAUAAUAUGGUACAAUUGUACAAGCGAUGGAGACAAUAAUCAAUGACUAUAGAAAAAAAAGAGAUAAAAUGUAAAAUACAUUUUCAGCGCGUUCGAACUGUGGCAAUUUAUUGUUUGAUAUAAUGAUAAUUAAUUGGAUCGACUUUUGCACGAAGAAAUUGAUCAGGAAAUAGAUAUCCUGUAUCAGAAGAUGAAAUAAGUAGAAAAAAAAGAUAUCAUAUAUAUGCAAAAAAAAACCGUUGUAAAUUUAUUUCAGAAUUAAUUACUUCCUGCAGAAUAUGAUCCAAUAUGUCUGAAAUUCUCAUCGAUAUAUACAAAUGAAUUAGAGAUCUCUUAUAGCGACAAUGCUGCAUCAUAAUUUGCAUAAACGAAAUCGAAUGGCUAACUGAUUAGAAUGGAGUUACGAGAUCUUUUACGAGCACAUUGAGCUCCAUCAUGAGUUUGAAGUGAGCAUGAUGUGCAUUAUUGUAAGACAUAUGUAAAUAGUUUCUCACAUGCAACAUUAGAUUUACAGCUUGUAUCUCUCACCAGUCUUCGUUUUCUUGCUAAACUGAAAAAUCGCAAAGCCCGUUUACAAAGCAACCUCGCUUGAAUCUUUCCAAUCCUAAUCUUCGAAAGGAAACAUCAUUUCUUCAAAGUCUACGAAAAUUCGACUUCAAACUUAACGCUUUCGAAAAUUGAUAGAACACUGUAUUUUUUUUUUUGCGUCUCGCCCAAGUUUGUGCCUUGGAUGCCUUUUAUAUUAUGUAGUUGUGUAAAAUAUGAAACGUAUGCAAUUUUGGAAAUAUGUAUUGUAAAAUAGCAAGAGACAUUGAAUGCGUGUGUUGUAUCCGAAAAUGCACAAACCAUUUUCUCAUUCGAAAAGAAAACAAUUGUAUAAAAAAUGCCCUCGACUAUGUCCAUUCUUGUAAAAUAAAUGUAUAAUUCUGUAUAUUUGCACUGUAGCGUCACAUUAUAGCAUAUAAUAUUUACACGUUAAUAUCAAAUGUAGUUGCCUGAUACCGAUUUCAUUUGCCUAGUGAUUGCACUCGAUAUAUUUAUGCAAUUCAAAUUUUCAAAAAAAAGUUGAAGAUUACUUUAAAAAUUCCGUGUUUGGAAACAUUAAAGUACGAAAAGAAUCGAACACUUUUGCAAUAUAUAUUGCAACCAAAUAAAUUAACACUCAAUGCUACUUGUCAUUUUAAACAUGAAUGCAUUUAUAUUACACCUGAUAAUUAAUGUAACGAAUAUAUAUUUUUUGAUUAAUCUAUUAACAGUUGUGUAUUGUAAACCAUUUGCAUGUCACAGAAUACUUUAGAAAUUCGUUCAUCAUUUCUGACAUAGAAGCUCUUCGGUUCGUUUUAUAGAAAAGUCUAUUAAUGUAAAGGCCGUGAAGAAUAAAUAGAUGAGCGAUAGAAAUGCAAAGGAGCGAUUUGAAAACGGGCUCGCGAUAUUCCAACACGUCAGCUAUAUAUACAUACAUGUAUAUGCAUGUAUUCAGGUAAUCAAGCGUGAUUAAUCAUAUUGAUUAAUCAUAUUGCUGUCACGUUGCCAACAAUAAUACAAUUGUUGGCAAUAUGACAGCAACCUCAUAGACAGUUGGCUAUCUGGAUAUGUACAUAUAUAUGUAUCAUUAGUUAUAUGUGUAAUGAAAAUACGUUUUCGAAGAGAGAGAAUCCAUUCCAUGUUAUAUACCGUUAGAGAAGAUAAAUGCGGAUUUUUUCCCCCGAUUUCUCGGUAUGCUCAUGUGGCUAUAUCGUGCUCACAUAACUAUCAGCGACGACGUAGACACACGAGCUUCCUCUAUCUGUACAGACCACCUCCUCUGCGAGAGAAUGAGUUUGUUUCAUAGUUAUCGCAAGACUAUACAGUUAAUACACAUUAGCUGCCAAGUACAGCGUGUAAUAUAUUUUAUUUCGGUUUUUUUAGCAUUCUUCAGCGUAAAAAAAAGACAUUUUAUGUUCAGAGCACGGUAUUUUUUAAUCGUAUAUACAUAAUAUAGAGUGAAAGAAAUGAUAGAAAAAAAUAUUUAUGUUAAAUGUAAUGUUAUAGGAAUUCGACAAACUAAUGUAAAUGAUUAGCCCAGAUUACACAUAUAUAAAGUCUGCUCCUUAAUCAAGGAAAAUAUUGAACUGUCGAAUGCGUAUACGUUCCAGCAUUAAUCACAUCGAGCAUUUCGUGUAUUAGAAGAUAUUUGUCAUCAUUGCUUGAGAAGUCAUCAUUAUUGCUAAGCGAGAUUUUUAAUGUUUGGCUGAAAAUGUGCCCAUGAGAUGUGUCCGACAACAUUUUAGCAUAAAUUCUUCGUGAUCAGCUGUAUGUAUGUAUUAUAUAUAUAUACCGUUCGAUAUAUAAAGUUACUCGUCGGUCUCGUUUACACGCCUUCACCUAUACAUGCAUUUCUGGUAAUUAUUGUCUUGUGCAGCUCUAUCAAGUACGAAAUAAAAUGCCUACCUAUG